UUGCCAGGCUCUGUCAGUCGGAAGUCCCGCCCCUAGUGCCUACACAGCCGUCACCUCCUCCUCCUCCGUCGCCGUCGCCGCUGUUGUUGUUGUUGUCGUCGUAGAGGCCGGGCCCGUCCGGUCCCUUCCGCGGCUCCGAGAGCCGGCUCCGUCCUUCGCCGCCGCCGCCGCCGCCAUGAAGUGGAUGUUCAAGGAGGACCACUCGCUGGAACACAGAUGUGUGGAGUCUGCCAAGAUCCGAGCCAAGUAUCCGGACCGGGUCCCGGUGAUUGUGGAAAAAGUCUCAGGCUCUCAGAUUGUUGACAUUGACAAGCGGAAGUACCUGGUUCCAUCUGACAUCACUGUGGCCCAGUUCAUGUGGAUCAUCAGGAAACGGAUCCAGCUACCUUCAGAGAAAGCAAUCUUCCUGUUUGUGGACAAAACAGUCCCACAGUCUAGCCUAACUAUGGGACAACUUUAUGAGAAGGAAAAAGAUGAAGAUGGAUUCUUGUACGUGGCCUACAGUGGAGAGAACACAUUUGGCUUCUGAAGGCCAGUGCCCAAUCCGGUGCAUCUUUCCUGCUUGUGUAUCUUGUAAAUAGCCGGUCACUUUCAGUUAUUCCACCAGACCCUCUUCACAUAGACCCAUAGUGCAUUUGUAACUGGAUUUAUUUCUUAAUAUAUUGAAAGGUCUUGUUUUAUUAGACUGGUAAAUUAUCAGAGUUUUAUUUUCAUUUUCUUUUCUUUGUUGUGCAUUGUCCUUAUGGCUACAAGUUUCAGAGGGCUCUGCUCCUCUGGAACCUGUAUUUAAUGAAGUUAUUUCAAUAUUGAGAUGAGGUAGUUUGGGGGACUCAAGUGAAAAGGGGGGAGACAACCCAUUCUUUUGGAUUAUGUUUGAGGUGUUAGUUGGAUAAGUAUUAAAAGCAUCUAAGUGAAAUCCUUAGCAGUCAGGUCACUUGCUUCACUAGAUUAUUCCAACUGCCAAUCAUGUUGGACUGAGCUAAUCUGUUCUUUCUGAACUCUAUUGAGGUGAAUAAUUACAAUAAAAUUUCCUCUCAAAGGCA